UGCCCCGUCACCUGUGCUAUAGGGUGACAGUAUAUGAAAUGCUUUAUCGUAAAGUGAAGCCACACCGGUUUGCGGCCUCUUUACACUGUCUGUACGCAGUAAACGCUUAAUUGUGAGCUGCAGUGUAAGUUCCUGCUUCGUCACGUGAUUCACGGCUGUCAAAUGUUCACGUUGCAGCGCGGGAAAUCUAAUGGCUGGCAUCCGCGCUAGGAUGACGGUAUAACACGUACCGAGAAAUUACGCUGUCUCUCUGAGGCGCCUGACCACGGACAUGAAUCUGCUGCGGUUGGUGUGUCGCCAUAAAACGGCACUGGGCCUGACUUCUAUCUCCUUGUUCGCGGUUGUACUGCUUUACUUGGCGAAGUGCACAUCAGAAAGUCUGAAGCCCGUCGGGCCCCCCGGGCUUCCACAUCACCAGCAACUGCUUCCUCCGCGUCAACCACAGCAUUAUUCUGUGCGGGGCGUAAGGGACCCGCAGCCUCUCCAGCCUGAGAAGAGUGCGUCAGUCUUCCUGGCCGUACUCAUUGCUAGCGGCCCUAAGUACAGCGAGCGUAGAAGCAUCAUCCGCAGUACCUGGCUGUCUUCAGCGUCUCGCGGGGAUGAUGGGGAUAUAUGGUGCCGCUUUGUAAUAGGGACUGCAGGGCUUGGCGAGGAGGAGGCGACCUCCCUGGAGAUGGAGCAGCGGAGACAUGGAGAUUUGCUGCUGCUUCCCGAGCUGCGGGAUUCUUAUGAAAACCUCACAUCCAAGCUGCUGCAUAUGUACGUCUGGCUAGACAAGUACGUAGAUUUCAAGUUCGUCCUGAAGGCAGAUGAUGACACAUUCGUCCGCUUAGAUGUCCUGUUAGAAGAGCUGAAAACAAAGGAGCCACGGAGACUUUAUUGGGGCUUUUUCUCAGGACGGGGUCGGGUGAAAUCUGGUGGUAAAUGGAAGGAGAGUGCAUGGGUGCUGUGUGAUUACUACCUGCCAUAUGCUCUUGGUGGAGGGUAUGUAAUAUCCUGGGACCUGGUGCUUUAUCUGAGCAUUAGCAAGGAUUUCCUAGCACAAUGGCAAAGUGAAGAUGUGUCUUUAGGGGCAUGGUUGGCACCCCUUGAUGUUAAACGGGUACAUGAUCCCAGAUUUGAUACAGAAUACAAAUCUAGGGGUUGUAAUAACAAAUAUAUAGUCACCCACAAGCAGAGUAUUGAAGACAUGCUAGAGAAGCACCAGACUUUGGCUAAGGAUGGUAAACUGUGCAAGGAGGAGAUCAAGCUAAGGUUGUCCUAUAUCUAUGACUGGGGAGUGCCCCCAUCUCAAUGUUGUCAGAGGAAAGAUGGUAUCCCUUGAGUAUAUUGUAAAAUUCGUAGUGAAUUUUUCCAAAGAUCCUCCAGUAGGCUAGUGUGUGGCCUGUACUGAUGAUGCACAUAGAAUUUUGUGCUUUCAAGGAAUAAAUAUCCUGAUCUCUACUGUGAACAGUCGCUGUAGGAUUUGAGCGCCCAACAGAGAGACUGGUCAGUUUUUGUCUAAUCGGAGACUAUUCUUGUAAAUUACAUUAAAAGGAGGUAACGGCAUGCUAAAAAGUCCUACAGUAAAUACAUAUUCAUAAUUUGAAAUUAUCAAGUUAUAUGGAUUGGAAAAAAAUCAACAUCCGGUUAAAAGAUUGGUUACACAGACUUUUUUUUGUUUUGUUUUUUUUAUAUAUAAAUUUAUUUAUUUUUUAAACGCCAUCAGACACUUGCUGUUUAACCUUGUUUGCAUUAACUAAAACUGGAAUAACCUAUUUUGAAAAUGACUUGAAUAAAAACUAAAGUCUGUUCCAAGUGUAGGUGAAAUAGAUCAACUACGUAUAUAUGUGUUCAAAUAUUUUUGCUAUUAUUGCUAAGUUAUUGUUUCAAAGGACCUAAAAGUAAUGUUUAUAGUUUAAAAUAAAAAAUGUCAAGAAAA